AGGUUGCUAAAUCCCAAAUGCAGAUCUCAAGAACAUAAUGCACACAGGAUGGAUAUUAGCUCAAGUGUUGUCUGUUUAUGUACGUAAUGACUAUCCUUCUCUUUUAAAAUGUCAUUUUGGUUAAACGCCGGCGUUGUCAUGGUGAAAAGUGAAAGGCAUGAUAUUUAUGGGAUGGAGCAUGGGGCAUUUAAGGCAGCUGCGACAGUGUGAGAGACCUGCGCCCUCUCUGCCCCGCCGUGUUAACUUCUCGUCAUGUGUGAAGAUUGCAAAGGAGACGGAGAGCUUCUAGGCAAAUGCGCUGAGGACAGGAGGGACAAUAUGGGCGCGCCGGUGGAAGUUUUGGAUGAGGACGCGUCGUCGCUGCAGGCGAUGGCAUCUGCACCUCUGUUAGGCAGAGCUGUGUGUGCAAGCUGCAACGAGGAAAUUGUGGAUAAAUAUUUAUUAAAGGUUAACGACUUGUGCUGGCAUGUGCGCUGUCUGUCGUGCAGCGUGUGCCAGACCUCGCUUGGCAGCCACACGAGCUGUUACAUCAAAGAGAAAGAGGUUUUCUGUAAACUGGAUUACUUUAGAAGAUACGGCACCUGGUGCGCGUGCUGCGGCCGGAACAUCCACUCCACAGACUGGGUCCGCCGGGCCAAGGGCAACGUGUACCACCUGGCCUGCUUCGCCUGCUUCUCCUGCAAGAGGCAGCUGUCCACCGGGGAGGAGUUCGCUCUGGUGGAGGAGAAAGUUCUCUGCAGGGUCCACUACGACUGCAUGCUGGACAACCUCAAGCGGGCCGUGGAGAAAGGAAACAGUGUUAACAUGGAGGGGGCUGUGCCCACUGAACAGGAGAUCAACCAGCCAAAACCCUCCAAGAGAGCACGGACCAGCUUCACUGCUGACCAGCUGCAGGUGAUGCAGGCCCAGUUCGCGCAGGACAACAAUCCAGAUGCCCAAACGCUGCAGAAGCUGGCGGAGCAGACGGGCCUCAGUCGAAGAGUCAUACAGGUCUGGUUCCAGAACUGCCGAGCACGCCACAAGAAGCAUGUGAGCCCCAACCACACCUCCAGCACCCCCAUGACCUCACUGCAGUCCAGCCGCCUCCCCCAGCCCACCCCGACCCCUGAGGAGCUGCAGUACACAGCUUACGGUGGCCCGGAGGGAUCAAUGCUCUCUGCACUGCACUCCUUCAUAGACAUACACUCCCCUCCAUCCAUGUUUCAACCGCUGCUGCCAGCCCACGCCAUGACCUCGCUGCCUGUGUCUCACGCCUGAGCUGCUCCUACACACACAAACACACACUCACACACACAGUUGUCCGUCAUUAGCAGCUGCAGUAUUCAGAUUUCCUUGGUAAAUAUAAUUUCAGUUUAAGUGAACCAUAAAACUUUUCCAUUUCUUGACCUGUCAGUAAAUUAUUACAUGUUGACAUUCUUUGAAAACACUCACUUCACUGUUGAGCAUAUUAUGGUUGACUAUAAUUUGUACUGUAUAAUGUGGAAAUGGAAAGGUUUCAGUGUACCUCAUUGGAUUGUGACAUAUGACAUUAUAGAUUUAUAUUUGUUUGUGUAGUUGGUGACACAGUUUGACCAUGCUACUCUAAGUGAAAACCACCGGACCCAAAAUGUCGACUCAUUAUGAAGGUGAACU